UUCUGUUUUAACAAAUAAACCGCCCAAUGCUAGGACCAAACCAUUUAGAAGUUUAGAUUACUUAAAACAUUAAAAUAAUCCAAGAAUUGAAAUAAUCAUGUACUUGCCUAAAUCAAUUUCUUAGCUUGCACUGGUUAAAGUUGACGCGUUUGUGUAGUUGCUAAGAUUAUCAUUUGAAAUUAUAGCUUGAGGAUGAAUUAGGCUUUCCGUUUGUCUUUGUCUCUUGUAUCAUACAGGUCAUAGCUCUGGCUGUUCAUAAAUACUUAGAAGUUUGGUAUAGGAAUUUAGAUGGCUAGUAAAGUGCUGUUCAAAGUCAACUUGUUAUUAGAUUUAUAUAAUUUGAUCAUUUCAAGGUGCACUGUGUCAAUUGAUUUUCUUGACAAAUUUAAGCCAGCAUAUCGUUCUUGUACCAGUCUAUUAUCUUAAUUUUCUGACCAGAUUAAAGAUAAGCUUCUGCGUUUUUCUCUUGCUUGUUUCCUACAAAAUUAGUGUUGAGGUUCCACCAAUGAUCAUCAUUGGCACAAUACAAGUAAACACUGGUUGGUUUUGUGUAGCUUUGACCAGAAACAUUGCAUGGCCUAUGACCUUAUUAUUGAUAAAUGAAACUGGAGAAAUAUUCUAACUUUAUCCAAUUCUCUAUUUCCAGUAAUAAUCAUCACAAUUUGAAAAUUUUAUAAGUGUUCUCGAAGUCUUCAACUGCACCACCACUUGGAACCAUAAGAGUAGGUAGAUUAUUUUCAUAGGAACCAACUUGUAUCCUGGGCCAUUGCUUUAAUUAACACUAUAGAUGGUCAAAUUUCGUCCAAAUUUCUCAGGACAUGCCCUCAUAGAUUCGCAUUUGAUGAUCAAUCAUUUGAAUUCUGACUACAACUUGUUGAUUUAACAUCAGUGGGACCUUCUGCUUUUAGACUAGUCUCAAUGUAUAAAUAGUAUGACAAUGAGUUGGAAGACAAAACCAUGUGAUACUUCAGGUGCUAUUGUCUUUAGCUGGUGUCCACAGAAUGCCUAUGCACAUAAGUAGGAUUUUCUAACUUGUCAUUGGCCUAUAUAAAGAAGGGUUACAAUAACAUCAUUCAGCAAAACUUAAAAUCGUACAAAGCUUUUCUCUCCUUUCAGGGUCCUUACUAAUUUUGUUCCUUAUUUGCUCAUCUAUAUUGAACUUAACAACCAUGGCUAUCCGUAUGCCUCGUAUAAUAAAAAAGUCUUCUAAAGCUGGAGAUGUUCCGAAGGGUCAUUUUGCUGUUUAUGUUGGGGAGAAGCAGAAGAAGAGAUUUGUAAUCCCCAUAUCGUUCUUGAGUCAACCUUUAUUUCAAGACUUGCUUAGUCAAGCUGAAGAAGAAUUUGGCUUUGAUCAUCCAAUGGGUGGUCUCACAAUUCCUUGCGACGAGGAUGUCUUCAUUGAUCUUAUUUCUCACUUGAGUAGGAUAUGAGGUUUUUCCUUUCACAGUUUUGUAAAGAAUAGGAUUUCCAGUUUGUACAAUAGAUGAAUUAGGAAAGACACAUUGUUUUACCUUAUUACUGGAAAUUAGAUAGAGGGGGCUACUGUCAGCUGCAAUAGUAGAUCCCAAUUUUGAAUGUAAUUUUCAGUAGCUGAUGUCAAAAAGACAUACAGCACAUUCAUUAGCAAAUGAAAUCUGUUCAUAUUCACUCUUUAGCCAAUUGGAUUUUCAGUAUUCUUGUUGGAUAAA